AUGCUGAUUGGUAGUUCAAAUUGUUUGAUCUUUAUAUCAUUUGUAUUGAUCUGGUAUGCGGAUUUACUUUAUGGGAAGCUGUCUGUCAGUGACUUGAAGGCGUUAUGCGCUCACGAAAAACCGUAUUGCAUCCAGAAAGCUGUGAAUGGUGAAUGCUACGGUAGCAGUCUGAAGUCUCAAACUCUGAAGAAAACGUGUCGAUGUUCAUGUGAUGCGAUGCAUCAUGAACGAAUUCAGACGUGCUGCAGAACGGUUGGACGACGUGGUAUGGGAUUCUGUUUGCCGUUAUGUGGCUACAAUACCACCGCUGAUGAGGUGCACACAAUCUUUGAACAGUGA